AUGACUUCCAACCGCCAAUAUGACCUGGUCCUGCUGGGCCCAACCGGCUACACGGGACAGUUCUGCGCAGAGCAUAUUGUGCAGAACUAUCCUACCGAUCUAAAAUGGGCCAUUGCUGGCCGCUCCAUACAAAAGAUAGAGACCAUUGCUAAGGAACUCAAGGCCCUCAACCCGGACCGUAUUGACCCAGAUGUUUUGGUUGUACAACUCAACCCCACCGAGCUGAACGAGCUUGCCCAGAAAACGCGGCUCGUUAUCAACUGUGUGGGUCCCUACCACUUGUACUCGACCCCAGUUGUCGAGGCAUGCGCAGUCAAUGGAACUCACUAUGUCGAUGCUACUGGAGAGACUCCAUGGAUCAAGUUGAUCAUCGAGAAGUACCAUGAAACAGCCAAGGCCAAUGGUGCAAUUAUGAUCCCCUCGACUGGAGUUGAAAGUGCCCCUGCCGAUAUUCUAGCAUGGGCUCUGGUCAAGCGAGUCCGCGAGGACCUCUCGUCUCCAACCCGCCAGAUCAACAGUACCAUCAAGGAGAUGAAGUCCUCUGGUCCUAGCGGCGGUACCCUAAACACCGUCCUCAGCAUCUUCGAUUGGCUCCCAUUGUCCGAGAUAUCCAAGUCAAUGACCCCCUUCUCACUAUCCGUCUCCCCUCCCCCAACAAAUAUCCCCAGAGAAUCUAUCCUGGAGAAAUUGUUAGGCGUGCGCGCAAUCCGCGACCUGGGAACCGUCACCACUUCCCCAUCCGCCAUCGCCGACAUCACCAUCGUGCACCGCAGCAGUAGCCUCAUGCCCGAGCUGUACGGACAGCAGUUCUUCUUCCGUCAGUUCCUGUCCGUACGCAACGCGAUGAUCGGCGUGGCCCUGCACAUCGCGUUUGUGGUUGGAAUCUCACUGCUUGCGCUGCCGCCUGUGCGCUGGCUGGCACGGAAGUUCGUGUUCGCGCCUGGUACCGGUCCUCGUCGUGAGGAUUCUACCAAUGAUCGCCUUGAAUACCAUGCUGUUGCGACUGCUGAUAACGCCGACGCGCAGCGUGUCUUCGGUAAAAUCACUUACGGGGGUGGUAUGUACCUUUUCACUGGGUUGUUGCUGGCUGAAGCUGCGAGGGUCAUUCUCGAUGAGGAGGAGAAGAUUAAAAAGGUUUCACGUGGGGGUAUUGUUACUCCCGCUACGCUGGGCCAAGACUUUGUGGACCGUUUGGAGAAGGUUGGCUGCAAUAUUGAAACUAAAGUCUUCAAGUAUUAG